AUGGGAUUGCUCGACCUAGAGAAACACUUCGCCUUCUACGGCGCUUACCACAGCAACCCAAUCAACAUCGUAAUCCACAUCAUCUUCGUGUGGCCCAUCGUCUUCACAGCCUUGCUCCUCCUCCACUCCUCCACCCCAAUUCUCGAUCUUUCUCAAUCAGGGCUCCCUCAAUCGCUGACCCUCGACGGCGUUCUCCGGUUAAACGUCGGGUUUAUCUUAACCGUGGUUUAUGCUCUGUUCUACAUCUGUUUGGAUAAAAGAUCCGGUUUUGUAGCGGCUCUCUUGUGUUUCUCUUGUUGGGUUGGUUCAAGUGUUCUCGCUGCUCGGUUAGGACCUUCUCUAGCCUUAAAGGUUGGGAUAGCGUCUCAGCUGUUAUGUUGGACCGGGCAGUUUCUUGGCCAUGGACUGUUCGAGAAACGAGCACCUGCGCUAUUAGACAAUCUGCUCCAAGCUUUUCUCAUGGCUCCUUUCUUCGUCUUGCUCGAGGUUCUACAAUCGGUUUUCGGGUAUGAACCGUAUCCAGGAUUUCAAGCUCGUGUGAAUGCCAAGGUAGAAAGUGACAUAAAGGAAUGGAGAGCAAAGAAGCAGAUCAAGAAGAAUAAGCUCACAUAA